GAUCUGAUAUAUGUGUGCGUGCCGCAACAAGAGGUCAUUUGAACGCGGGUGGUGGAGAAACACACACAGCGCACGCUUGUUGGAACCCGCGUCCAUAGCCUAUAUUCGCUUUUUCCUAUCCGUGACAGAGGCUGCAAAAAAAAUGACGAUCAAGAAAAGUAAAACCGUCGUUUUUGAAAGACGUGCAGGGGAUUUAACUGCGUUGUAUUGUAUGAAUGAUUGGAUGAUUGCAGUGGUGUUGGCUAUUAUUGCCAUGAUGUCUGUAUGGGCUGCACUCAUCAUAUACAGAUAUAUACAGACAGAGAGAGGUAAAAGAAGAAGGAAGGUUGAUGACGACACUAUUUUGGAAACUGAAAAGGACGAAAAUGAGACGAGAAACGAAGAAAAAAUACUAUCCUGUGUCGAGUCAACAGAGGAGGGUGAAGAAGUGGCGCCAGAGACACUGGAGAGCUGGGAUGGAGAGGAAUGGAAGAGAGAGCCAAUGGAAUGGAUUCCAACAACCAGUGAGAAUGUAGAACCCUUUGAGGAGAUCCCAACAAUAACCAAUGAGGAUGUAGAACCCGUUGAGGGAAUCUCAGCAACAACCAAUGAGGGGAUCCCAACAACCAAUGAGGGUGUAGAACCCAUUGAGGGGAUCCUAACAACCAAUGAGGGUGUAGAACCCAUUGAGGGGAUCCCGACAAUAACCAAUGAGGAUGUAGAACCCAUUGAGGGGAUCUCAUCAACAACCAAUGAGGGUGUAGAACCCAUUGAGGGGAUCCCAACAACCAAUGAGGGUGUAGAACCCAUUGAGGGGAUCCCGACAAUAACCAUUGAUGAUAUAGAACCCAUUACGAGGAUCCGAACAACAACCAAUGAAGAUUUAGAACCCAUUAAACAGAUCCGAGCACGGACCAAUGAGGAUCUACAACCCAUUAGACGCAUCCGAACACUAACCAAUGAGGAUCUAGAACCAAUUAGACGGAUCCGAACAGCAACCAAUGAGGAUCUACAACCCAUUAGACGCAUCCGAACAACAACCAAUGAGAGCGAUGGUCCUUACACGUGGGAGUCAUAUGCUGAGUGGCAGAUCGUUGAGGAGUUUCACCUCGGCUCUCAACCUCAAGAGCACUGUGAAGGCAUAUGUCAGCACUAUGACGGCUUAUGUCAGGUCUGUGGAGGCUUGUGUCAUUGCAGUGAAUGCUUAUGUCAGUUCUACGAAGGCUUAUGUCAGGACGACGCUGAGUCCCAGACUGACCUUACCGUGGAUCAAGAGGAGCAGGCUUCUACCAGUCACUAUUCCCUCAGUGACAUAAACUAUCAAUCUGGACAUGAGAAGGAUACCGACGUGUAUAACCAGGACGAGGAGGGUUUGAAGGAAGUUGAACUGAGUGACGAUUGUCAAUGUGAGAGCACAGAGGAGGAGUCCGAGGUAAACCAUCCACAUGCCUUUGCCAUCAAGCCUCAGAGAGAUCUGGAAGAGCUCAAUGAAAAUCUCCCUGACAUGAUAUUGACUGACUCUGACCUUACAGAACCUGACCAUGUGUGUUAUACAGAGAUACAGGAAGUAGAAGACCCCGAUGAUGACAUGACCAGCCAUGCUGUCUUUUCCAAUGAGCCUCAGGAAGAGAGGCCGGAGAUGACAUUGACUGACACUGAACAUGUGUCGGAUAAAGAGCGAGAGGAAGUAGAAUAUCUGGAUGAUGAUAGACACAGCCAUGUUGCUUUUGCCAAAGUCCAGGAAAGUGAAAAUCUCCCUGAGAUGAGAUUGACUGACACUGACCGGAUAGAACCGGAACAUGUGUAUGAGGUGGAGAGAGAGGAAGUGGGAGUAGAAUAUCCAGAUGAGUUAAUCACUGAAGGUCCAGAACAUCCCAGUGAAAACAUCACUGAGAUAUUGAGUGACACUGACCUCCAACAACCUGGCAAAUUAUGUGAAGAAGAAAUACAGGAAGUAGAAUGUACAAGUCAUUAUAUGGACAGCCAGGUUGCCUUUGUCAGGGACACUCAGGAACCAGAACAUCCCAAUGAAUAUCUACCUGACAUGAUAUUGACUGACACUAAAACUGAAGAACUUGACCGUGUGUGUGAUACAGAGAUACAGGAAGUAGAAUGCCCAGACAUUGAGGCAAACAAUCAUGUUACCUUUGACAAUGAGCCUCAGGAUGAAAAUCUGGACUUGAGUGACACUGGCCAUGUGUGUGAUUCAGAGAUACAGGAAGUAGAAUACCCAGGCGCAGACAUGACCUGCCAUGUGCCAUCAGUCUCUGAGAGGACAGUGGAAGACGAUAUGAAAGAGGCUAUGGUAGAGGAUCUUGACAUGGAAGCUAUGGUACAGGAUCUUUGGAGGAAGGAAUAUGUCAUUGACGGGUUGAGCCAGCCGACCGAUGUUAGAGACACCCAUGUGGCUGAGAGGAAAGGAGACAUCGUUGAUAAUAACAGCAAGGACACACGUGUAGAGGAGGAGAAGAAAAGACAGAGUGAUGAGACACGGAUAGAGGAGAGUUAUGAGAAAGUUGAAAUUAACAUAAUGGAAGCCACGAUGGACUAUAAUGAAUGGAUGACAGUCAGCGGCACAGAAGACAACAGCGACUCUCCAUGGGUGAGGAUAAGCCACUCGUCCGUCGAAUGCUCUUCUGCUGAGGCGGAGCAUCAUCCCACAGAAACGCAUCACAAUUCAGAUGAUCCAACGGUGGCUAACGCAACCGCAUUCAAGGAGGUCAAAGAAACAGGAACCAAACCUGUAUCGCUAGAUGGAGACCUGCGUAGGAAUAAGAAGAUGGCAGCUGUGCUUCCUAUCAAACCCAAUACUGUACGAGUGAGGUUCUGUGUUCACUACCGCACCCAGUCUCCCUGGCAGGAGCUGGCUGUGACAGGGAACCAGCAGGAGCUGGGGAGCUGGACGGGCUUCGUUCCGCUGGAGAGAGCCCAAGACGGGUUCUGGGCCAGCUGGGUCGUCCUCCCCGCGGAGAAGCAGGUGGAAUGGAAGUUGGUGCUGGUGGAAGAAGGAGAGAUUCUACGCUGGGAGGAGGGUGGUAAUAGACACCUGGAGACAGGUUGGGGUGGUGGAGAGGUGUAUCUCAACGAGUGGUGGGGCAGCCUCUGAGUGACAGGUUCCUACUGGGCACCAGCUGGUUGGAACAACGCUGUUGUACACCAAAAAUAUACACUGCUCAAAAAAAUAAAGGGAACACUAAAAUAACACAUCCUAGAUCUGAAUGAA